AUGACUACAGACUUCCUCUCUUCCUCUCAAGUCAAGGAUUUUGACUAUGUCAUUGUUGGCGGUGGGACGGCUGGUUGUGUCAUUGCAAGCAGGCUGUCUGAGUAUCUUCCACAGAAGAAGAUUCUCAUGAUUGAGGCUGGUCCAAGCGAUUUUAACAAUGAAAAAGUGUUGAAGCUUAAAGACUGGCUUACCCUGCUAGGAGGUGACCUAGAUUACGAUUAUGGCACCGUAGAACAACCCAAUGGUAACUCACAUAUCAGACAUUCUCGAGCUAAGGUUCUAGGUGGCUGUUCAUCACACAACACCUUGAUCUCAUUCAGACCGUUCGAAUACGACUGUCAAAUAUGGGAGAGCAUGGGAGCCAGAGGCUGGGGGUUCAAGACCAUGAUGCGCCUCAUAGACAACCUGCGCAACCAAAUCCAGCCAGUGCACCCCCGCCACCGCAACCAAGUUUGCAAAGACUGGAUAGAGUCGUGCUCCACUUCCAUGAACAUCCCAGUCCUGAAAGACUUCAACAAGGAGAUCAAAGAGACGGGUAGUUUACAGCAGGGUGUAGGCUUCUUCUCUAUUGCCUAUAACCCAGAUGAUGGAAAUCGAAGCUCGGCUUCAGUGGCAUACAUUCAUCCCAUCCUACGCGGCGAAGAAAACCGACCAAACCUCACAGUCCUUACCAAUGCCUGGGUGAGCAAGAUCAACGUCUCUUCGUCCAAGACCGUGACAGGUGUAAACAUCACCCUAAAGUCUGGCACCAAACUUACCAUCUCACCCAAAACCGAGACCAUCCUCUGUGCCGGAGCCGUCGAUACCUGCCGUCUCAUGCUAUUAUCAGGAAUCGGUCCUUCCAAGCAACUAUCAGACCUCUCUAUACUUGUAGUCCACGACCUACCCGGCGUAGGAGAAAACCUCCUCGACCACCCCGAAAGCAUCAUAAUGUGGGAACUCAACGCUCCAAUCCCACCCCAAACCACCAUGGACUCAGACGCAGGCAUCUUCCUCCGCCGCGAGAUCGCCAACGCCGCAACCUCCAACUCAGACCCAUUCCUCAACCCCAAACACUUACCAGACGGCACAAUCGCCGAUAUAAUGAUGCAUUGCUACCAAAUCCCCUUCUGCCUCAACACCGCCAGACUCGGAUACGAGGCCCCCCUAAACGCUUUCUGCAUGACGCCCAAUAUCCCGCGCCCCCGUUCCAGAGGAAGGAUAUAUCUCACCUCCGCAGACCCUAGCGUCAAGCCUGCGCUAGAUUUCAGAUACUUCACCGACCCCGAAGGCUACGACGCCGCCACCAUCGUAGCGGGCUUAAAAGCCGCACGAGAAAUCGCCCAAACGGCCCCCUUCUGCAACUGGAUCAAGAAAGAAGUCGCCCCGGGCCCAGCCAUCCAAACGGACGCCGAGCUGUCGGAGUACGGGCGGAGAGUGGCACAUACCGUGUACCACCCAGCCGGGACGACGAAGAUGGGCGCGAGCAACGAUGAGAUGGCGGUCGUGGAUCCGGAAUUGAAGGUUAGAGGGCUGAAGGGGGUGCGGAUUGCGGAUGCGGGGGUGUUUCCGGCGAUGACGACUGUUAAUCCUAUGUUGACUGUUUUGGCGAUUGGGGAGAGGGCUGCGGAGAUGAUUGCUGCGGAGGCGGGGUGGAGGGGGGAUGGGAGGGCGAGGUUGUAG